GCGCUGCUGCUUCUGCAGUAUCAUUCCUCACCACGACAACAAAAAUAUAACGGAAAUAAGCAAAGGGAGCAGCCGAAGGGAGAAGGAAUGGCGAUGGGUAAUACCUUGGUGGAGCUCGAUUUCUUCGGGAUCGAGAAGGAGAUGGCGGCCAGCUUCCACGCCUUGGAUCGAACAAGUCCCGCCCGAGGUAAACAACUCUCCAGGGUCAACCCCCAACUUAUCAGGAGCGCGAUCGCCCCCGGCCACUCAUGGCCGGCCGCGACUCCACAGCCGCUUGCUGAGACCGCCAUGUUCUUCCCCUCCCCGUCUUCGUCGCCGCUGCCGGUUCUGAAUCCCUCCUUCCGGCCGAUUUGGGAGAUGUCGAAGGGAACAGCGCCGCUGACGAUCUUCUACAACGGUGCGGUGGCCGUUUUCGACCUCCCAAAAGAAAGGGUGGAGGUUAUUUUGAAGCUGGCGGAGGACGGUAACGCGGGUAACGGCCGGAGGAAUCGGUCGCUCGACGAACUUAACCAAGACUCGCUGCCGAUGGCGCGGAGGAAGUCGCUGCAGCGAUUCCUCGAGAAGCGCAAGCGAAGGAUGACGGCGUCCGGGCCAUUCGUCAGGGAAACUGAGGUGGCGGGUUCGUCGGAGAAGACGACUUCGGAUCCCUUGUCUGGCUUCUGACAUCCAACGCUGUCGUUCUUUAGUUUGCUUUGGUUUCAUUGCGUUAAGGUAGAAAGGGUGGCCUUAAGUUGCCGGUCCAUUUUGUGCACUAUGGUUCCGUAUGUUUAACCUUCUUUGAUGGACGUGGAUGUUGACUUGAAGAUUUAAUUCUUCAAGACUGUGGCAAUGAAUACUUGCCAAGGAUGUGUUUUAGCGACGAGGAGGACUAUGUGUUUUCUUUGCUUGUAUGAAUUGCACAGAGAAAGCCGGUAAGGUCUACUUUUUCGUUC